UCGCUCCAGCGGAAGGAGUCUGGAGCCUGGACGCUGCCUCACCAUCCAAGCACCUUUUACCUCACGAAGCAUACCGAGAACAUUAGCUACCUGUCCGCAUACUGGUCACCCGAGUAGGGGAAAGGACUUUCAGAUGUUUAAAGUGUGGAGCUGACAGGAGACCAAGAACGGGGAAACAAAACGCUAAUUCGUGUGGUCAAACCUUUAAUCCACGGACUUGGAUUUUGCCUUCAGUCGGUGAACGACACAUGUGUCUCUCAAAGUGAGUGCACGUCACGCGAGGAGCAUUUGUGACUGAGAUUCGGGGGGCUUAAGGAUUGCGGAUUGUGUAUUCUCGCGACUGUGUGCUUUACAAGAAGACUGUCGAGCGAGACUACAGCUCCGACUGUAAAAUGGGGAGCAGCUGGCUGAUUCUUGGCGUCAUUCUUCUGUCUAGCCAAGUGGUUCGGAAUCAGCGUGUGCGGGUGCUGCCCGAGGUGGAGGCCUACCCAAAUGAAUCUGUUAAUCUGCGGUGUGAAUUCACCAACCCAGGAAGCACUAAACUCACACAGGUGUCAUGGAUCUUUGAAGCAACUGAGGGCCACAGAGAGAACAUAGCGGUUUUCCAUCCAAUGUAUGGUGAGAGUUUCCCCAAGUCAGCCUUUAAAGGCCGCGUCCAGUUCAUCCAAGCUUCCCUGGAGUACCCGUCUAUUAGAAUUGACAGUGUGAAGAUGUCCGAUGCCGGCAGGUAUACCUGUGAGUACGCCACCUACCCUAGUGGUAACGAACAGGGAACCACCACGCUCAUCAUGCUUGCCAAGCCUAAAAACUCAGCCACCCCGGUUGUGGUGCAGACUGGCAGUGCCAAGGUCGUGGUGGCGCGCUGUGAGGCACUGCAGGGGAAGCCUGCUGCCACAAUCACAUGGGUGACCGGUGCCAUGGGUGAGUACAACAGCACGUCUCAGGCUGAAUCAGAUGGCACAGUGACGGUGAAGAGCGAAUACCGCAUGGCCCCAGCGUCCACUGAUAACGGCAGAGACAUCACCUGUAUGAUCAGCCAGCACACACAGGAUCGGCCUCAGACCUUCCCCAUGAAGCUGGUGGUCCAGUAUCCCCCCACUGUCAGAAUCGAGGGAUAUGAUAAUAACUGGUAUAUGGGACGUACUGAUGCCUCACUGACCUGCCAUGCUGAUGCCAACCCCAAGGUUGUUAAUGUUACUUGGACAACGGUGUUGGGAAACCUGCCAGCUACAGCAAAGGUGGAUCAGAACAGGCUGCUGGUGCAAAAGGUGGAUGAGAGUGUGAAUACCACCUUCAUCUGUGAGGCAAAAAAUAGUCUGGGAUCAGGCAAGAGCCAGCUUACUGCUGCGGUCAUAGCAAAGGGUAAACCAGUCCAGGGAGCACUAACGGGGGGCGUCGUCGGUGGCAUCAUCGGCGCUGUGGUCAUUCUAUGUCUGAUUGGAGCUGGGGUGGCCAUGUAUCGCAAACGCUUGCAAAAAGCUGAAAAUGGAGAUGGGCCGCCCAAGCACAAGCCGCCUCCCCCUGUGAAGACUGGCAGCUCAACUGAGAUGUUGCAUAAGCCGAAGGACCAGACCAUGGCAGUCACAGAAACUCAGCCCUUGAGCAACUACGCGCCAAGCUACUAUGAGACUACAGCUGCUGAACCAGUCACAGAUCUUGAUGAUGAAAACCCCAGCAGCCCUGCGAAUGGUGGUGCCCCCUCUGCUUGGGAGGGCUCAGGGCACCCUCCUGGGAUGGAUGAAACUGCCAGUGAUGCGCUUCCCCCAUAUGAGCCCUCAAGCCACGACAACGUGGAAGCCAACCACGAGCCUGCAGCUGCUAACAUAGCCCGUGGGGAGAGUUUUGUGUCUGCGCCAUUGUUGGUCUAGAGAUGCAGGCCGCGCCAGCAAGCGCACUGCCACCCUCCUGUCCAACCUCAGCUGGGACUAAGAAAAAGGUAGCCUGCCACAGCUUGGGCACCUACAGAAACCACCCCAGCCUAAAUAUGUGGUAAAAGAAAUCUUUAAUAUACAUGGUUGAUGUCGUAUUGCCAAUUUUCAUGCUUUAGCAGAUGAUCAGUCUAUAACAUCUUAUGUCUGGAGCACUGUUAGACAGUAGUCAUACCAUGUUUUGACAUCCUUUGGGGGUUGAUACUGAUCCAGUGCAAACCCUUAUGCAAUGGCUGAUUAAGAUCAGUCAGUUUGUUGGGGAAAAUUUUGUAAUGACAAUUGGUAAUCCUUUCAUUUUGAGGUAUUGUGUUAUCUUCUAGGCUUGUUAAAAGAUAAAAACAUGGACAAAAUGUUUGUUGGCCACUUUGACUUAUUAGAUUAAUGAAUGAAAAAGUUCAAAAUACAAGAAUUAGCUUUGAGUAUACCAAAAUACACUCUAUUACAUUGAAAGGUUGUAUCUGUAACUUCUUAAAACAUUUUUUUUGCAACCAUGCAGUGCAAUGCACAUUCAGUUGUUGAUAUCACUUGCCUUUGCCUGUGUUUUCAACUUCAGUGAUUUCAAAGAAACUGUCUUGUAGUAAAUGCAAUGUAUUUCACAUAUGGCAAAAAAAAUGUAUUUUUAUAUUUUGUAUUUGACCUUUUUAUUUUGCAAGGUGACUAACAUUCUUUUAAUUUUUUCUCCCUAAGUUCUUAAAUUGUUUAACUCUGAAAAGUACCAAAAGAAAACUGUAAAUAAUAUUAUGAGAUAAUAUAUAUUGUUAGUCAAAUGUGUGCUUGGAAAAAAGAACAUCAGUGGGAUUUGAAAUGAAAGUGUACAUUUUUGACAACUUAUUUUAACAAUUAUUAUUAUCGUUGUAUGCCAAUAUUUAAAAUAUAAACUGUGAGGAUCUUCUUCUGUGUAGUCUGCAUGACAUGACUGGUGGGUUUUCUAAACACAAUAGGCGCAUGUCUUUUUGUUUUGUUUUUUUCUUUCAUGCUUUGUUAUAUUCUUCAUCUCUCAGGCCACAUAAAGCACAAUUUUGUAAUAUGAAAGUGUGGGAUGGGAGAGGUUUUUAGUGAUAGCAAUUCUUGAUAAGCCUAAUUGGAAUGCACUGAUUGGCUAGUAGUAUGGUUUGGUCACAUCGUAGGUUGCAGUGUAGCUUCUGGUUUUACUGGUGGUGAUACUCACAAAUUGUCUUCAUAUUUGUGGUCUUGAAAGUUAAAAUUGCUCAAAAUGCGGAGAGACCAUGUCCUUUCCUUUAGGAUGCCAGCAGUACAGUAACUUAAUUUGGACAUGCUGCUACUGACCUACGUGACCUCUUCCUUACUUUUUCAGAUAAGCUUGCCUGAGUCUGUAUCAAACGUGCUCUCAGUAGAUCUACAAGUGUUUGAAGGCAUCAAAGUGUGCUUGUGCCAAAGAGCUAUAAACCAACAGCCUGAUUUCUCAUCCUGUUUUGCUCUGCUAAUUUGCAUAUUCUUUAUGAUGCCAGCUGGACUUGAUUUCCUUUUGUCUUGCAAACACAACACACAUGUGGGCCAUUACUUUUGGUCCUAAAGACAAAUGGGCUGGACCAUAGCCACUAAAACAUGCUUUGAGUAGUUAGAGAUGAUUUGAUUAUUUGUAGCUACAAUGCUCCAUAUUUCCUGAUGUGAGCAGUUUCAGAGUGAAACCAGACUUUGGAUGAGGCUUCAGGCAGUUGAAUCACAUAACCUGUAUUAAAACAGUGGUGAUCUAUAAGUGAGCUACAAUGAGCCAAACUUGAUAUUAAAUGUAGUGUUUUGAUAAAGAGUGAUGGAGACUUUUAAACAUGCACAUGUAAAAUAAAGAGCACAUUUUUAAUAUUUUAUUUUAAACAGAUAGAUAGAUAGAUAGAUAGAUAGAUAGAUAGAUAGAUAGAUAGAUAGAUAGAUAGAUGUACCAUUUGCUUAUAAUAGAGGUAGUAACUAUUCUUAAUUCUUAAUUAAAACUGAUUCCAUUUACUGCCUGAUCCUCUGCUCUCUUGGAAAUGGAAGCAUAUGGACAGUUUAUGCAGAUGAUCACUGCAAUAUUUCAUUUGAAAUACGACAAUCAUUUCCUUUUUUCUCCUUUUUGCACUGUGGUGUUGUCUUUGUUUCUUAAAAAAACAGGAAUGAAUGAAUGCAUGCUGCAUGGAAUUCUGGGUAGCCCACAUUAUUCUCAUGUGAAACAUAGCUGUGACUUCACAGUUGUAUAGGUCAUUCACUAAAAACUGCAGUAUGGGGUAAUCACUGUAUUGCCACAAUUUCUUUAGAAGGUACAUAAUGUUUGUGAAAACCCUUUGUCGCGUAAAGUCCCUACAUAUUAUACACCUGGGAAUCAUCAGGGCCUUCUAGGCCUUCAGAGAAGACCUAAUGAUUUCCAGGAUCUAAAAAUAUAUUUCUAUAAUUUUUAGGUUAUUUUUUUAAUAGAAUUAUCAU